CCCUUACAUUAUCUGCGAACAGAAAAAGCUCAAAUCACCAACUGUAUCCUCCCAUAACGAAGGAAAAGCGGUCGAGCCUCGAGAGGAAAGAACCAGCUCCGUUACUCUGCAGCGAUGGCCUAUGCGGUGUUGAAGCGAUCGGCGAUGAUGAAAUCGGUGGCCGGAAGUCUACGGAUCGCGGCGUCGCGAGCCUUCGCGUCGGUCUCAGUGGGCAGCGAUCUGGUCUCGGCCGCAAAGGAUGUUUCUCUCCAGAAGGCUCGCACGUGGGACGAAGGCGUCGAGUCCAAGUUCUCCACAACUCCUCUGAAAGACAUCUUCAAAGACAAGAAAGUCGUCAUCUUUGGCCUACCUGGUGCAUUUACAGGCGUUUGUUCAGCCCAACACGUGCCUAGUUACAAGAAGAACGUUGAUAACUUCAAGAGCAAAGGGGUUGAUCAUGUAAUAUGUGUCGCUGUUAAUGAUCCAUAUGUUAUGAAUGGUUGGGCCGAGAAACUUCAGGCCAAAGAUGCUGUAAGUUAUAUUAUACCCUUCGUCAUCUUUUCUCGUUCAGAACAUACAGCUUCAAUGUGUUCGUUCAUUAUCUCAUUUUCUUUUUCCUUAUUGGGAUGUUCAAACGAUUAUGGAUCUCAAUACUAUUACCUGAUUUUCUGGAUUGGAAAAUGUUAAAUGUAUUCUGUUUUG